GUUGGCUACGUCAUCAAAAGUGAGAAGCACAUGUUAAAGGAAAACAAAUCGGAGAGGAAGCCACGAAAGGGGCAGAAUGAAGAAGUGUGAGAUUUGUUCAGCAAAUGAAGCUAAGUACAAGUGUCCUGGCUGCCUGGCCCAGACCUGUUCCCUUCCUUGUGUCAAACGUCACAAAGCAGAAAUGGGAUGUAACGGGCAGCGCAAAAAGACAGAAUUUGUCGCUGUUAAAGAAUAUUCAGACAGAAAUCUUCUAAAUGAUUACAGAUUCUUGGAGGAAACAAACAGAAAAAUAGACAGUACACAAAGAGACCGUCUUAAACAGAGAAGUAACAAACCAAACUUUCUAAUGAAAUUAGUGAAAGAGGCCAGAAAAAGGGAGAUAAAGCUGAAGAUUAUGCCUUAUCCAAUGGCAAAGAGAAAACACAAUUUGACAAUGUACCAGCACAAGUUACAGACCAUACUUUGGAAUGUGCAGUGGCUCUUUCCACAAUCUGAAGUCAAGUUUACUUCUAAGAGGUUGUCUGAGCACCAAACACUAGAGGAACUGCUGAAGGAUUUUAUCCACCCCACAGAAUCUGACCCCAUCAAACGCCACGCCCUCAAGAUUUACUGCCAGAAGGGACUGCAGAACUGUCGACUAUUCAUGAAAGUGGAAGAGAGACCAGCUAAUGAUGUUAAGUUCCACGAGUUGUGCCUGAAGAAAACACUACAGAAGAAUCUGGUGGGGAAGUGCAUAGUGGAGUACCCCAUAAUUCAUGUGGUUCUACCGGAUCACUGUCAGGGCUAUAGUGUCCUAGACACUGUCUCAGAGUCUGAUUCUGAUGGUACAUCUGAUUCCUUGGAGGAAGUGGCUGACUCACCAACACAAGAUGAAUCUCAAGUUGAGGACAAGUUAAAUAUGAGUGCAGAUUUUGUGGUAGCAGAGACCAGUACACCAUGUAAUGUAUCGAUGUUAGAUACGCCCUCCACUUUACCGAUUAUGUGUGGGAUCACCGAGUGCACCUCAGAUAGUAAUGUGAUAGAUUGUCAAGGUCAACGAUGUGAUGAUGAUGCAUCAGACAAAGCUGUAGACGAACAUCAAUCAUGUGGUCCGCCAACACUAGGUGCACAAUGUAACGUCACAUUAAUUACAAAUUAAAAUUUUAGUUCCAAUUGAU